CUUGCUUAACAACUUGAGGGCUGCUGUGGUGGUAAUGCAACAAUGAGGAUUCAGUAAGCACCACUUGGGGGCUGUGGGAGAGUGAAUUAAACAUCUGACCUUGAUGAAGGACUAGACACUGGAUUUUUCUUUCACUCUGACUAAUAUUCUGAAUUGCACCACUAGUGAGUGAGAGGUUGGACUUUGUGGCUAAGCCUUCUCCUCUGCUGCUGAAUGAGAGAGGAAUAUACGAGGGCAGAAGUUAUCUGCUUAACAAAGCUUUUUGCUAAUGUAGCAUAAGUGUGUAGAAGUACUAUUUGCUAUGGACCACAAACUUCUGUAUUUGGAGGUUUGUGCAGGAGGUUUGGCAGCUCUUAAGGAAAUGUACCAGUGGACAGUGUACAUUUAAAUCCAGUCUUCAUCCAGGAUGUUGCUCUUGGAGUUGUGUUUUGAGGUGGAACCCUCACAGAUCCUAAACUACUUGAGGCCUCUUUGUGGGAUGACAGUCAUUUCUAACAGUUGCAGUGUCGUCUUUGAAGGUGGUUUGACUUCUUUUCCUCAGAGCAUCCAAAGUGACUGAUUUUUAAUAGUCUUUUUUGCAACCUGCCAGCCUCUACUUCCUAACAUUUGUGUACCAUUUCUGGCUUGAUGACUGACUGUGGUACCUCUGUGCUGAAAUACUGAUUUUUGUAGGAUGUCUGUAUUAUAAAAUUUGGUACAGGUUGAAAAAGCAGAAAUGCUGAGUGCAGCUCAAGGUAUUAGGCAUUCUUUACAGGGUGAAUCUGCAUGACAGCUGUAUAAUACAAAGUGUUUCAACAUGAGAAACUGUGUGCAUGUCUUGAAUAAGCAUUGCAUUUUAUCUAUAUGUACAUCCUGCCAUUGUGUGACGUGGUUGUAUUUGGCUAACAGCAGACAGCCCAUUGUAUACUCUGAGUAGAGUGAUUUGGUUCCCAUGGUCAUUUUGCGAGUCAUAGUGAUUGUUCUGCUGCAGUUUAUUUGACACUUUUUACUGAAGUGCCCAGAAUCCUGCACUACUUGUUGCUGUACUACAUCAGACCAAAGAAGUUACCACCACAAUGGGACAAAAGGCAUUUUGCUUCGCUUUCUUUUGCAGAUCACUGCUGACAGUGGGACUUGUUCUUUGUUAUUACUGUUUCUCAAUUGGAAUAAUCUUCUACAACAGAUGGCUCAUGAAGACUUUUCAUUUUCCUCUGUUCGUGACACUAGUGCAUUUGGUGAUUAUAUACCUUCUCUCCGCCGUAUUGAGAUCAUUGCUGGAGUGCUGCACAAAGAGACCAAGGGUCACACUGGCAUGGCCUGUGUAUCUUCGAAGAAUUGCUCCAACUGCCUUGGCCACUGCACUGGAUAUUGGGUUGUCAAACUGGAGUUUUCUCUUCAUCACCAUCUCACUGUACACAAUGACGAAAUCCAGUGCUGUCUUAUUUAUUUUGUUCUUUUCAUUAGUCUUCAGAUUGGAGAAACCGAGGGCCGCGCUAAUUCUGGUAGUUCUGUUGAUCGCUGGAGGCCUGUUCAUGUUUACCUACGAGUCAACCCAAUUUAAUACAGAAGGUUUUGUUUUGGUUCUUAUUGCCUCAUUUAUUGGAGGAAUCCGUUGGACACUUACACAGAUAAUUACACAGCGUGCUGAGCUUGGACUACAGAAUCCAGUUGAUACAAUGUAUCACCUCCAGCCACUGAUGUUCCUAGGCCUUAUGCCCCUGUUUCUCUACAGUGAAGGCCUUGGUCUGUGUACAACUGGUAAGCUCUUCCGAUAUGAUGAGACAAAGAACUUGCUGAAUGUUGUUGCCAUUCUCGCAGUAGGAGGCAUAUUGGCUUUUGGUCUUGGGUACUCGGAGUUCCUGCUAGUCUCUCAGACCUCCAGCCUUACCCUCUCCAUAGCAGGCAUCUUUAAGGAAGUCUGCAUACUGUUACUUGCUGCCCAGUUUGUGGGAGAUCAGAUCAGUGUCCUGAACUGGCUGGGAUUUGGAGUGUGCCUUUUGGGCAUCUCCUUGCACGUUGCCCUGAAAGCCCAUGCCUCCCAAGAUAAAGGUAACCAAAAAUUCAGAGCCCAUGAUAGCCUGCCAUCUGCUGAUAUGGAGAUGUUGCUCAGAAAUGGUACACUAAAUGGGGACAGUGAGGAGGAUGAGAAUGAGAUAUUUGAUAUCCGCCAGCGAUGAUAAGCCACAGAAUGUAACCUUCUUCUUCCAGGAGGUGCAGUGUGACUGUGGGAAUUGAACAGUCUGUACUACAGCUUGAUUUUCCAAGCUGUGAAGAUCCUAUUAGCCAACAGAGGGAGUAGGUACUUUAGCAUUUGUUCUCUAUUUUGCAGCUUGUGCAAGAAUCCAUUGGACACUGUAGUGCCGUACUUAAAGUAGGGUCAGUCUGGAUUGUUUCAUGUAGAUUUGCACAUGUAACCUCUAGCACUUUGUGUUACUUGGGUAUAUGUGAUUUUAUUUUUAUAUAUUUAAAAUAAGCUGAAGUGGAAACUCUAAUCGUGGUUUCCUCCUAAAGAUUUUUCACAAUGAAGAGCUAUGAGCUCAGUAAUGUUCAACAAGACACAAUGUGUCAUUAAUUUAGCAAUCACUAAUGUAAUAGGAAAUUAUUUGUUUGUGAUAACUUCAUACUAAAAGAUAAGUUUAGACUUUAA